AUGAUGAAUCCAAGGCCUAAGAAGGGUUUCUGGAAGCCAGAAGAAGACUUGAUUCUCAAAAAAUAUGUGGAGACUCAUGGAGAAGGCAAUUGGACAUCUGUGUCCAAGAAAUCAGGUCUACAAAGAGGUGCAAAGAGCUGCAGGUUGAGAUGGAAGAAUUACCUGAGACCUAACAUCAAACGAGGGAUGAUGUCUGAAGAUGAAAAAGAUCUCAUUAUUAGGCUGCAUAAGCUUCUAGGAAAUCGUUGGUCACUGAUAGCCGGCAGGCUUCCUGGCCGGACUGACAACGAGAUCAAAAACUACUGGAAUACCCAUUUGAACAAGAAGUCCUCAAGUGAUCUAACUAAUAAGCACUCAGAUUUUCAAACUAAGGCAGAAAAAGUGCCAUCAUCUUCACAAAUUGGGGAAGAUGCAAACCUCAAAAUUGUGAUGGAACCUGUGAGUGUCAAAGAAGGAGAAAACAAAGGUUUAGUAGAAGAAGGAACAUUAAAAAAUGUUGAUUUCUAUGGCCCAAACAUUCAGCCAUUGAUCCCACCGGUGUAUUCGCCACUGUUCCACUUCAACGACAUUUAUUCGCCAUUUCCGGAUGGCUUAGCUUUUCUGGAGGCAUUUGGGAGCGACACCGAAGAAAUAGUUCAUUUUUGGUAG